ACCCAACUAUGACUCAUUCCUUUCUCGACACAGGCGCCGGUGAACGUUUAGACAGAGGGAGGCGACGCGUGGGCGAGAUCGAGGAGAUGGCUUUCUAGAGCUGCGCGGAUCUUGAAGCGAACGAGCGUGUGUUGCACGCUGCAACAAAACCAGCAAAAUGGAGUCCCCUUUUGCCACCACCGCUAUCCCUGCCUGCAGGAGCCGAGCCACUCCCUGCCUGCUGCAUCCCAAUCCUGCAUCAACCCUGAGCAAUCACCACUACGAUGUCCCUGCUGGCGGCACUGACCCUGGACCUGGACCUGACCAUGCUCCCAGCUAGCGCCAUGUCCUGCAGGCCGGAGCUGCUCAAGCACCGGCUGCCCCACGCCGGUCAUUGUGAGCUGCUAGCCGGACCUGUCGGUGAGGGCUUUGCCCUCACUGUGGAGCGCCCUAUGCUGACAGGCGAUGGCUUCUCAGACUGGAUGACGGAGCGCACAGACCUGGCCACGCUCCUGAGUGUGUCAGGGGAGCCCUUGCCGCUCUCACUACCCUCUCCUCCUGCUCCGGACCUGGAGGCCAUGGCCUCACUGCUCAAGAAAGAGCUGGAGCAGAUGGAGGAUUAUUUCUUGGAAGAGUCACUCUCACCAGACCAGGUAGCACCCAGCACCCCUCCCUCUGAUGGGAAUUUCCAUUUUCCCUUUGGUGAUGGCUUCCAGCCUCUGAACCACCACAGUACACCUGCUCCCCUGCAGACCUUGGAUUCAAGCUGCUUGGAGUUGCUGGAGCUCUAUGGCAGAGAAGGGCCUGCUGAGCUGCCCUUGCAGGGCAGCGAAGUACACAUCCCAGUACAACGGCCACCUGUCCUAGCACCCAAGGGGGACCGGCGCCAAAAGAAGCGAGAUCAGAACAAGACAGCAGCCUUGCGGUACCGUCAGCGCAAACGGGCUGAACAUGAGGCGCUGGGAGAUGAAUGCCAGACGCUGGAGGCACGCAACCGUGAGCUGCGUGAGAAAGCAGAAUCCAUCGAGAGAGAAAUCCAGUAUGUCAAGGACCUUCUCAUUGAGGUCUACAAGGCAAGAAGUCAGCGCCUGCGCACCACCCCCUAAGAUGCACCUGAACCUCCCCUCCCCCCCAAAAACCCAAGAAGCAGCCAAGGGGAUACCGGAAGUAGAGAAGAACAGAUUGAGCAUGUAGGAAUAAAGUUUGGGAAGCAUUGGGAAUUAGGAGCCUCCAUGACACUUCAGUAGUUAGGGCCUAGUAGAUCAACUACAAGACAGAUUCAGAGUUGUGGGGCUACUGAACUCUGCACAGGUCAGGGGGUAGAGUGGAUUCCAUUUGAAGGAAAUGGGGACUGCUGUGGUAGGAAAGAUUAGCCAGUUUUGGCAAUAGUCUCAGGUUUUGGGGGGUAGGGUGUGACAGGGUAGUACCUCUUUUCUCUUUUCCCCUCAAAAAAAUCAGGAAACAGAACAGUCUCAAGGCUGUGAGAUGGCUUUUUUGUAUGUACACUUCAUAGCACUUAUUCCUUGCACUAUUUUUUUCUCAACUAUGCGCUAAUAAACAUUUGCUUUAAACACUU